AUUUUCACCCUUUUCUUCUCUCUUCCUCAUCAUGCUGUUAUCUUAUUUUAUGGUUUUUUUCUUGAGCUUUGAUUCCAUUGACAAAAUUAAGUUGAAUAAUCAGAGAGAAAAACUACUAAUUUGCAGGCCAGAGGUGGUGGAUUGCAGACUACUUAAAUACGCGACGGACUAUUAUAAGUGGCGGAAUGAGCUUGCUGUCAUGGUCCAUUGAAAUUUAACCCUUUAUUCAUCAGAAAAAAGUAAAAAAAAGGUGGUGGAUUCAACAAUCAGAAGUAAUUCAACCCUUUAAAUAAGAAUUUCAUCCUUUUCUUCCCUCUUCCUCAUCAUGCUGUUAUCUUAAAUUUUAUUGACAAAAUUAAGUGAAAUCAUCAGAGAGAAAAAGAUUAAGUGGAAUAAUCAGAGAGAAAACUGCUACUAAUUUGCAGGCCUGGCAGAGUAGCCUUGCUUUUAGGAUACACUGAGAUUCAGCCUUUUAUUCGUCAGGAGUGGAUUCAACAAUCAGAGUAAAAAAAAAUGGACGGACAAGAUAGGCCGAGGACGAUGUGGAGAAUCUUAAAGCAACGGCUGGGAUUCACUGGGCUAGCCUGUUGUGGGUCCACUUGGAACCUAAGAGUAUCAGAAGAGGCCCAAUUAGAAGAGCCCAUGAUUGUAGCCCGUCAAGGGAACGUGAACCUUGCUACAGCUCUAGCAGCAGAGCGUCGAUUUCGGAGCGUGGAUGCCACGGCGCAACUGAAGACGUUGAUGAGGUUGUUUGAGGAAACGGACGGUGGAGAUGAGAAGAAGAGGAGUCUCAAGUGGUAUAUUAAAGAAGAAGGAGGUGAAGGUGGAAUUGAUGACAUGUGCUGCGUGUGCAUGGAGAGGAAUAAAGGCGCGGCGUUUAUCCCCUGUGGACAUACCUAUUGUAGGGUGUGUUCUAGAGAAUUGUUGUUGAACAGAGGCUUGUGUCCGCUUUGUAAUCGGUCCAUUAAUGACGUUCUCAAUAUUUUCUAAGAUUUUUUGUUCCUUUCUUUUGUUAAAAAAAAAAAGUCUAUUAGGAGCACUUUUAAUAUUUUGAUCUUGAUAUUUUCUUGGUGGACUGAAACGGAGUUAUAUCAUCUUCACUCCUUUUAUUUUUGGGUGAGUAAACAUUUUAUUAUUUUGUGUAGUGAAAUUCUUAUUGGAAAAAAAGUGAAGCGGACGAGCGGAGCGAUGACCCAACUAGAAUAAAGUGCUUCUCGCAUUUA